AUGCAGAAUAACAAUGCAGUGCAAUAUAGUAUAGAAAAUAUAAUGAAAAAAAAUAGAGACGAAAAUAAGUAUGUAGAUCUUUGUGAUAUAAAAACAAAUAAUAAUCAUAUAAAAGUUAAUAAAUAUAUAACAUGUGAUAAUAUUACAUUUGAGAGUAAAAAUAAUAAUAAUUAUUAUUAUGGUGCUAUAAAUAAAAGAGUUGAUGAAAAUUUACUAAGUUAUAAUGGAAGGGUAGAUGAUUUAAGAAAUAGUAAGAAAUGUGUAUAUUCAGAAAAACAUAUGGAGGAUAAAAAUAUAUUAUUAGGAAUGAAUGAGGAAGAUAAUAAAUUCCUUAGAAAUGAGUAUAUAAAAGAUUUUAAUAUGAAUUAUAAUGAUUGUGGACUUAUUAAUAUAAUGAGUAAUCAUUAUAAUAACAUAAUUAAAAAUACAAAUAAAGGAAUAGAAGAUAAUAUGAAUUAUAAUUAUGAUACCUUAUUAGAAAAAUAUAAUUAUAAUAGCGAAACUAAAAAGGAAAAAAAAAAAGUGUUAAUAGAUAAGAAUUAUCUAUAUAAUAAGGAUUAUUUAUACGAUGAUAAUAUAGAUAAUGACAAACUUAUGAUUCAUAAUAGUGACAUGAAAAAGGAAUAUCCUCUGUAUGAUAAAAAUGUAUGUAUGAAUAAAAGUUUCGAUAAUAUAAAAUUUAAGAGUGAAAUUAUAAUGAGAGGAAACCAGAACAAAAACAACAUCAACAUGAACAUCAUCAACAACAACAAAAACAAUAAUAAUAAUAAUAAUAAUAAUAUUCAUAAUAAUAGUCUUCAUAUUUAUAAUAGUAGUCAUAAUUUUCAUAAUAAUAAUGAUAUUAAUUCACUUGCUGUAACGAACGAAGAAGAAUUAGAGAAUAGGAUGUACAACUUAGAUUUUGACGAAGAGAAAAGCGAGUCUAAUAAUUUAUUAGUUAAUUAUUCUCAUGAAGAAAAAGAAAGCACACGUAAACUUAAUAUUUACAACCUUUUUAAUAAAUCUAAUACAAAUAAAAAUAACAAUGCAAAUACUGGGAUAAUAAAUUUUUUAAGAAAUAAAAGAAUGAAUAAAUAUUCUUAUGAUAAUAAGGGAUUAAAAUAUGACUCUACAGAAAUUGAUUCAAAUUUGAAUAUGAAAAAAAAUUAUAUGACAAAGGGUUCAUAUGAUACUUCUCCAAAUUUAAAGGGAUAUACAUAUGAAAAUAAUGACAUUAUGAAAAAAAAAAUGAAUACAAUAAAUAAUUUAAAUAGGUUAAAUAAUGUAAAUGAAAAUGUUAUACAUCUGAAAGAAAAUAUUGAAUAUAAAUCUAUGAUGAAUUCUUUUGAAACUUUAAAAAUAUAUGAGCAGGAUGAAAAUAACAAACAAAAUAAUAUAUAUCUAAAUAAGAUUAACGAACACUCAAAAUAUAAAGACGACAAUAAUUUAAAUAAUGAUAAUAAUAAUAAUGAUAAUAAUAAUGAUAAUAUGAUUGUUAAAAAUGUUAAUAAUAAUAAUGAUAAUAUUAAUAAUCAUAAUAAUAAUAAUUCUGGUGAUAUUAAAAAAUGUGCACAAAAAAAAAUCAGCGAAAGAAAUCCAUUUAGUAUUCAUCACUAUGUAAAACAAGAACAUAUGAAUAUAACUAAUUUAGGUAAUAUAAAUAAAAAUAAUAUGUUAGUUCAUAAUAUAAAUAAUAAUUCUUUUGAAAAAGAUAACGAAAAAAUAUAUACUAAACAAACAUCUAUGAUGCAAAAGAAAGGUAUUGAUAUUUUUAAAACACUAUCAGAAGUACAAAGUGUGUGCAAUAUGAAUCAAGAUAAUUUUUAUGAUAAUAAUAAUAAUAAUCAUAAUAUUAAUAAUAAUAAUCAUAAUAAUAAUAAUCAUAAUAAUAAUAAUCAUAAUAUUAAUAAUAAUAAUAAUAAUCAUAAUCAUAAUCAUAAUAAUCAUAAUAAUAAUAAUCAUAAUAAUAAUCAUAAUAAUUAUUAUUAUAAGAAUGAUAAAAAUGAAGCUGAUUUGAAGAAAAGGAAAUGCGAAAUGAAUUAUAAGGAAAUGAACAGUUCAAAGGUUGGAAAUAUAAAUAAUGAUCACAAAACAAUUACAAGUGAAAAGAAAGAAUACUAUAUGAAUAUUAAAAGCGAUUAUCCUAAUAAUGUUAAAAGUAAUGAUAUAAAGAAUAAUGAUUGUUUAAAACAUUUUGAUGAAGAUGGAUCAUCAAGUAAAUAUAUUUCAUCCCAUUCAAUGAAUGUUUCUUCAUGCGAAUCUUACAAGUCCUUUUCUAAGAAUAAGAAAAAAAAAUCAAAAAGCUAUUGUAAGGAUAAAGGAUAUAAUAAUGAAUCAUAUAAAAUUAAAAAUAAUAAAAAGCUAAAAUAUUUCAAGAAGGAACCAAAUAUAGAAGAAAAUAAUUCUCAAAAUAAAAUCUGCAGAAAUUCUUUAAUUGGUUGUAUAAGUUGUAUGUAUGAAGGUACUAAAAUGUAUUGCCAUUGUCAUAAUAUUAAUAAUAAAAAUUUAAAAACUCUUAUUAAUAAUGCCAAAAAUUUUGAUGAUCUCACUAAAGGUUCACCAAAUAAACAAAAUAAUAAUAAUAAAGUUUUAGCAGAAAAAAAUAUUAUAACAAAUAGAGGUAUUAAUAAUAAUAAUAAUAAUGGAAAUAGUAACAAUAAUAAUAAUAAUAACUGUAAUGUGAAUUGUUCGAAUGUUUUUUUUGAUAAUAUAAAUGAAAACAUAAAUCCCAAACGUGAGGAUAGUUGUUUUAAUUAUAAUGAAGGUAACAAUAAAAACAUUUAUGAUUAUCAAAAUAAUGGCAAUAUUGUUAUUAAUAAUAAUAAUAAUAAUCAUGAUAAAAAGUUAGAAAAAACAUAUCUAAUUAAUAAAAAAGAAGAACCCAUAAAUAGUUCGAAAAGGAAUGUAAAUAUGAUUGUUGAUGAUGUUAAAAAAAAGAAUCAAGAAAAUAUAACAAACACGAAACUAUUAAAAAUUAAUAAUAUAAAUAAUAAUGUGAUAAAGAAAAAUAUAAAAAAUGAAACUUUAUCAUUUGAUAAAUAUGAACGAGUAAAUAAACAAGAUGAUGGUAGUAGUACUAAAAAUAAAAUUAUAGAAGUUAAUCAAAAAAUGAACAAAUUUAAUGUUAUGCAAAAUCUGAUGUAUAACAAUAAUAAUUGUAAGAAAGGCAUGGAACAAAAUAAUAUUAAAUUAUUUAAGAGAAACAUAAAAAAUAAUACCACUAAAUAUAUUAACAAAGAUAAUUUAAUUAAAAUUGAUUACAUUAGGCAACAUCAAAUAUUAGAAAAUAAUCAAAAAGGAAAAAUUUGUGAUUUGAAUGAAGAGAAAAAUAACAAUUGCAUGAAUAAAAAUAAUUUUAUAUAUCAUAAUAAUAAUAUAAAUAAUAUUAACAAAAACAAUAUCAACAAUAAUAACAACAACAACAACAAUAAUAAUAAUAAUAAUAAUAAUAAUAAUAAUAAUAAUAAUAAUAAUAGUAAUAAUAAUAAUAAUAAUUUUAUAUGUAAUAAUAAUAACAAUAUGUCAAUAAGUGUAUAUGAAAAAAAAAACAUGGAAAAAAAAAUGUACAAUAUGAAUGAAGGGAAUAUAAUAUUAAACCCAUUAAAUAAAUUAAUAAAUUAUAAAAAUGGACUAGAGAAAAAAAAUAAUGAUAUAUGUAUCAACACACAUAAUUUAAAACUAAAAAAGGUUGAACAAAAUGAUGGCAAAUAUAGCAAAAGUAAUGGUACUAUAAUGAAAUGUAAAUUGUAUAAUUUAAAAAAAAAUGUUUAUAAAAAUGAUAGUAAGGUUGUAGAUAUGCCCAUGAAAUUAAAUGAUUUAAAUAAUAAUUCUUCUAGAAUGUGCAACUUAACUAAUUUAUUAAAAGAAAAUUCUGCUAUGUGUAAUAAAAAGGAAUAUGAAAAUAAACUUGAUAUUAGACCAAAGCAGGAGUUUAAUUCUAACAAACAUUUUGAUAAAAAAGGAGAAAUAAAAACUAUUCUUAAGAGUAAUAUUAAUUUAUAUAAUAAGAAGACUAAAAAGAAAAAAAAUGAAGAUGUUAGUUUAAUCAAAAUUAAAAAAGACGAACUGGUAAUUAAACAAGUUAAAAAGUUAAAUAAAAAUUGUUUACUUAAAAAUAUACAAAAUGUAGGGAAUAUCAAAUCAUAUAUAAACAGAGAUAUUUUUAAAGCUUUAGAAAAUGUAAAAAGGAAUAAUCAUAAAGUUAACAAUGAAGAUAUUAGUAAUAAUACUACAUGUGAAAAAGAAGAGGCAGUUAUAUAUAUUAAAAAUAAAUUAAAUACACAAAGGAAAUGGAGAAGUGAUAAUAUUAUUACAAACAAAGGAAAAGAGGAUAAGGAAUAUAUAAUCAAAUGGAAUAAAAAUAAUGGAGUUUCUAUAUAUUAUAAUAAAAAUAUAAAUGAAUCCAAUAAUAUAUUGAAUGGAAAAAGUUAUUAUAUAGAAAAAGAUUUUGAUGAAAUGGCACAGGAUAAAUGCCUUGUUCAUAUGGAAUGUUUUAGUAAAAAUGAUAAUAUUCAAAAUAUGUAUAUUAACAAAAAUAACAUAUAUAAUAAUAGUGAUAUUAGUAGUAAUAAUAAUAUUGAAAAUUUUAAUUCAUGUUCAAAUGAUAAAAAAAAAAAUAUACAUAAUAGUAUACUUGUUGAAGCCUCUCCAAAUGAAAAAAAUAUGAAUAUGGAGAAACAUAAUGAGGAUCUAAAUAAUAUAUAUUUAAAUAAUAUUAAAGUUGAAAACCAAGAGGAGGUGAAUAAUUCAUGUUAUUAUAAUGAUUUGUAUGAAUCUAAUUUAAAGGAAUAUGUUGAAAGAAUUACAUGUCAUAAUAGUUUGGAAAAAAAAAAUGAUCAUAAAGAAAAGGUCCAAGAAAAAAAAAUAAAUAAUGGUUCUAAUAUAUACACUUUUAAUAACAAUGAAGAAAGAAAUUUGUUUACUAUGAAAAAUAAGUUGGAGCAAAAUAAUUCUGUUAACUAUAUGCCCAAUGAAAAAAAUUUGGACAUAGAAAAUAAUACAAUAUUACUAAAUGAUAUAAUAUUAGGUAAUGAUAUAAAACAUAUUGAAGGUAUUGUAAAUUAUGAUAAUGAAAAUAUAAAUCAUUUAAAUAAUAAUAUCUAUAAAUAUGAUGAAAAUUUUAUAUCAAAUGUUCGUGAACUUUAUAAAAAGAAAUCAAUGAAUUAUAUGAACAAAAAAUAUUUGGAUGAUUUAAAGAAAAUUUAUUUUUUACUUAACCAAUUUACAAACACUUAUGGAACAUGUAGUGAUAAUUUAAAAUCCAUUUUACAACUUCUUAAAUAUGAACUCGACAAAGAAAAAAAAGAAAGUGAAUAUUUUUCAAAUAAUCAAAAGUUUUUAUAUUUUGCUGUUCCUUUGAUGAGCCAAGAUAAUAGUUGUGACAAUAACAUAAAUGAUGAAGAGAAAAUUAAAGAAAUAGAAAAAAAUGAAAAGAUAUGUGAAGAGGCACAGAAUGGUUCAAUGCUAAAUGGAAAGGAAUAUAUUUUAGAAGGUAUUACAUAUAAUAUAUUAGGAAGUUAUAAAAAUUCAGAUGCAGUAAAUAAUAUCAAAAAGGAUACAAAAGAAUCCAUAGAAACAAAAAAUGAUAAUAUACGAAAUUCUGUUAAUAAUAAUAAUGAUAAUUGUGAUAAUAUUUUCAAUAAAAAUAAUAAAUUGAAUGUGAAGAGAAUAUAUAGAAAUAUGAAUAAAUGGAUAAAAAAAAAUAAAAAAUAUCCAUUCAAUAAUAAAAAAAUAAACUUUAAAUAUUUUAUUAUGAACAAUAACAAAAAGGAUAAGAGUUGUAAAUGUUGUAUUAAAAAAAAUAUAUUAAAUAAUGAAAAAAUAUUAUUAAGAAUGAAUAUAUUCACAAUACGACAUAACAAUCAUGUCUAUAAAUUAAAGUUCAAUAAUAAUUUUGUAAUUAAAAGAAAUAAAUUGAUUAAUAAAAAAAAUGGUAAACUAUAUAAGUUUUAUCCAUUCUAUAAUGAAUUAUUAUUAAAAUGUCAGAAUGGUCAAAAUGAAAAAGAAGAGACAAAUGAAAAAUUAAAAUGCUUAGAUAAGACAAUUAGGGAACAUAUAGAUGAUCAAGAGGAUCAUAAGAUUAAUGAUAAUAAUAAUAAUAAUAAUAAUAAUAAUAAUAAUAAGCUGAAUAAUCAGUUAAAUAAUAAAACCGAUGAUGUUGUACAUAUUGAUAUUAAUAACAAUGGAAAUAAUAAUAUGUAUAAUAAUGUUAAUGUGUCCAAUAAUAAUAAUAAUAUUUUAGAUGACUUAUUUAUCUCAGAUGAUGACAUUAAUCUUAUUUAUAUGUAUAAAACUAAUAAUAAUAUUGAAAAACAGUAUAGCUUAGAAAAAAUCAAUAUUAAUUAA